AUGAUUAUAAAAAAGAAACAUAUUCCGUUAUGGAUAUUUUUAGUUCAAAUAUUCGUAAAUGGAAUAGCAUAUACGAAUUUUACUCACUCAAAUUAUUUAGAACAAAACAGCGGAGACAAUGCGCUGUUGUCAAGGAGAAAACGGUAUUUGUUAUUUCCAGACGGAAGCUCAUUUCAAUUAGUAUUCUGCGUGCAAACCUCUGCGCUAAUAACAAUCGGCAACAUUUUUCUUUAUGGCAACACUGCAGCGUUAGCUUGGAGCCUUCCAACAGACCCGAAAAUCUUUUACAUGCUCAAGGGAUAUGACAAAGAAGCAUUGAGAAGGGGCGAUUAUAUGAACAGUGUUUACUAUAUGGAUAACGAUGGGCGGCUUAUUUCCAAAGUUCCAUAUAAAAGAAAAACUUUCGUUAAUCCAGCAUUUUCCAAACGAAGUAUCGAUGAAGAUGAGACUUUCAAGGAGAAGCUAAAAGCGAAGAUAAAUCGCAUGAAAAUGCACGAGAAGCACAAAACACGAGAAUAUCUAAAGAAAGACCACAUGGAAAGUCAUGUUAAAGAUUUUCAUAGAAAUAGCCGUGUCGAUCUAUUUGGAAAGGUUGAGAAACUUCUAACUGCACUGGGACAAGAUGGCCGACAAUGUGUGUUGUACAAACUAUGUGAAGCCGCACAAGCUCCGCCGCAGCAAGGAACUUUCCUCCAGGAAUUCCUCAGAGUUGUAUUCACGUUGCCUAAGGGAACAUCGUUCGUUAACAAUGCUCAUCAGGAAUACGAUGAAGCUCAUACAACGACAAAUGACUGCGCAAAACAAUAUCCCGGUUGUGAUAGUUGA